AGUUGUCGAGGUUUGUUUUGUCAGGCGUUGCACGUGUAGUCCAGAAUUCAAUUCAAGCAAAUGAUCGCUUAAGAUGAUCAAUUAAAUUAUAAAACAAAAAAAAAAAACAAUUUCUUUAAUACAGAAAAUAAAAGUAAAAUAUUUUCAAAGCAUGUUGCCGGCUAUUGAAAUAAUUGUUGGCACCUACAACGAAUAUCUUUUGGGGUAUCAGUUAGUCGAGGGACACAACAAAAGCGGCGAGGAUCAAAUACAAGUGAAGACUACAUUUGCGGACAGAUCUCAUGAUGGCUCAAUAAAAUCUCUAGCCGUGCACAAACAUUGGAUGGCCACCGGAGGCAUCGAUGAUCGCAUCUUUAUCUAUGACAUGCGACUAAGGAAACAAGCCCACGUCCUCAACCUGCACAAAGGAGCUGUCAACUCGAUGGUCUUCUCGUCGGAUUCUACGCAUUUAAUAUCGGGUGGCAUCGAUGGGCGCAUGAUUGCAACUCGCCUGGCCAACUGGUCCACAGAAGGCGAAUGGGCCAAGCCCCACAAUGGAAAGGCAAUUACACAUGUCGCCUGCCAUCCGAGCAGCCGACUAUGCCUGUCUUUGGGUGCUGAUCACGUGCUUAACACAUGGAAUUUGCUCAAGGGCCGCAUUGCAUACAGAACGAAUCUGAAAAGCAAGCAUGCUUUGGGCAACGCUCCCGAUUGCCUAGUCUGGUCAACAGAGGGCAACUACUUCUCCAUCGCAGGGCCUCUCGUUUUAGAGAUUUGGAGCAUCCAAACAGCCAGCGUAAUGCGACAAAUCAAGCUCACAUCGAAACCCAUCUGUGUCGCCUGGCUAGAUGAACGAAACUGCUUGGCGGGCCAAGAAAAUGGCAGCAUAGCGUGGAUAUGCCUGGAUGACAAAGAAACCGCUGACGCCCAGUUGAUAAAGGCGCAUGACAAUCGUGUUAAGGGAAUUGCCUUCAUGCACAAUACUUUGGUCACCAUAUCUAGCGUUGGCGAGGUCAAAGUCUGGAGCUGCGAUGUGGAUGAGAAGGAGCUCUCGCUGAUCACAAGCACCAACAUCGAUUGUCGGCCAACCUGCCUUUCCCUUUUGGAUACCUCGCAGUUUGCUAAGCCACAGGAGAGUACACAAGUCAAAUCCACUGAGAAACAGAAAGCAGCGAGGCUGGCCGCUCGCAUUGAAGCAUUGGAGUCUCUAAGACCUCGUAGUUAUGUCUCCAUUGAGUAUGAUGAGAAUGAAAAUGCUAGCGAAGCAUUGAGCAAUGGCGAUGCGAGCGACUACGAAAGCGAUCCAUCAAGUUUUGAUAGCGACCAAAGCGACGAGGAGGAACAAGAAAUAAAAACUGCUAAGAAACAGAAGCGGCCGAAUGCAAAGUCAAAAGAAGGACCAUCAGUUGAAAUCGCGAAGCGUAAAAAGGGUAUGCCCGAUCAAACGUAUCCGAAGCGUGCGAAAAAAGCAAAGUAGAAGCCCUACAUUACAUUCAUACGUAUAUUUAAUGGAGUUCAAUUAGGUCAAGCGUAUUUUAAAAUAAAAAUAAAAAAAAAAAAAACUAAAAGUCGACAAAAAUUAA